CACCUCCCGUGCUCGCCACCAGAGGGGUCGCGCUCUCACAAGUGCUCGACUAACCCUCCGUUGCUAUACAUGUACUCCUCGAUCGACUUCCUAAUAUUUAGUCGUCUAAAGCAGGAUCUGUUUGAAAGCCUUUUACUGAUGAUUUCACUAACAAACCCGGACGAAGCUGAGCUCACGUUGUAAAACAUGGCUUGUACGAAACGAUGUUUAGUUUUCACAAUUAUAUCAUGUCAAAAAAUCAAUUUCUUAAGUUAUUUUUCAUAAAUGGUUUAUUUAAACAAAAAUUUAUGGUAAAAUACUGUUCAGUACUAACAACUUAUAUACAUGAUCUGGCUGUUCAAAAGCAAGCUACAAUGAAACUAAGCGCAGAUCCUGUAAAUAAAUAUGUUUCAAGGACUCAUACAUGCGGUGAACUAAAUAUUCAAAAUGUAGGAGAUAAUGUUCGAUUGUACGGUUGGUUAGAGUUUCAAAGAAUGCAUAAAUUUAUAACAUUAAGAGAUGCUUAUGGUUCUACACAACUUCUUAUACCAAAUGAUAGAAAGGAUUUGGAAGAGUUAGUUAGGAGUUUAACAUUUGAAAGUGUAAUAAAUGUAAUGGGUACAGUAUGCGAGAGACCCAAAGGGCAAGAAAAUAAACAGAUGAAAACUGGAUAUAUUGAAAUACAAGUAAAAUCUUUGGAAAUUUUAAAUGUUGCAAAACCAAAUCUUCCGAUUUUAGUUAGAGAAUUUAAUAAAGGAACAGAGGCCAUUCAAAUGAAAUACAGAUAUCUAUCUUUAAGGUAUCCUCAAUUACAAAGAAAUCUGAGAUUACGUUCACAAGUCAUAGCAAAAAUGAGAGAGUACUUGAUUAAAGAAUGCAAUUUUGUGGAUAUUGAAACCCCAACACUGUUCAAAAAUACUCCCGGAGGUGCUCAAGAAUUUGUAGUGCCAACAAGACACCCAGGACAAUUUUAUUCACUGGUACAGAGUCCUCAACAGUUUAAACAAUUAUUGAUGAUUGGUGGUUUUGACAGAUACUUUCAAGUUGCUAGAUGUUAUAGAGAUGAAAGUUCUAGACACGAUAGACAACCUGAAUUUACACAGCUAGAUAUAGAAAUGGCAUUUGUUAAUUCCGAGGGAAUAAUGGAAUUAAUUGAAAAUUUGUUAGUAUAUUCUUGGCCUGAAGAAUCAGAACCAAUAAUUGCUCCUUUCAAACGCAUUGAGUAUGACAAAGCUAUGGAAUUGUAUGGUACAGAUAAACCAGAUUUAAGGAUACCGUAUCAACUUCAUAAACUUACAGAAAUAAUUGAUCAUUCAACAUUAGAACAAAGUUUAAAAAUGAAAUGGGAUCAGAACUUCGAAAUUUACGCGUUGGUUUUUCCCAAUAAGCAUGAUUUCCUUAAAAAAUCUGUUAAGGAAAAUAUUUCUAAACUACAACACGACUAUUUUCCUUCUGUGAAAUUAAUUCAAAUAAAAGUAUUUAAUAAAUCAUUAACAACAGAAACGAAUAAAAUGUACUCAAACAUUUUAAAUGAAAAUGUACAACAGGAAUUAAAUUUAAAUGAAGGAGAUGUUCUGUUCUUAGCUUGUGGACAUAAAUUGCCCACUCAAUUGCUAUUAGGAAAAGUACGCAUUGAAUUUACAAAUCUGCUGGAAAGUAAAGGUCACAGUAUUCGUGUUUCCGGAAACGAAAUGUUGUGGGUUACUGAUUUUCCAUUAUUUUCACUUAAUACAGAAGAAAAUGAAUUGGAAGUCAUGCAUCAUCCAUUCACACAACCUCAUCCGGACGAUAUUCAAUAUCUUUCUGAGAAUCCGACAAAGGUAAGAGGAUUGCAUUAUGAUUUAGUUAUGAAUGGUUCAGAAAUUGGAGGAGGAUCGAUACGAAUUCAUGACGCAAAUUUGCAAAGACAAAUAUUGAAAAUGUUAAAUAUAGACGAAUCUUAUUUAGCACACAUGCUUGAUGCUUUAGAAUGUGGUGCACCACCUCAUGGUGGGAUUGCAUUAGGACUGGAUCGCUUAAUGUCCUUACUGUGUAAGGAACAUAACAUAAAAAACGUAAUAGCAUUUCCAAAAACUACCGAGGGUCGAGAUUUGAUGUCAGGGGCACCAGCUCCAAUUUCUGACAAAGAGAAGACGUUAUAUCACAUACAAACCAUAAAGGAAUAAAAUAAUAAUUAAACAAUAUUCUUUGUACUGUAUAGUAUAAUGUAAAAAUAAUGUACAAUUUUUGUCGAACUUUUUUUGAAGCAUAAAAGCAAUCACAACCUCCUUGAAAAUCCAAAAGAAAAGAGGAAUGACUUUUUCAGUAAUUCAAU